AUCUUACGUAUACAAGCCACGCACCUCAAAGUAUUGUGGCUUGCCUAGUACAAUAUGUAGUAUCUUUUUACUUUCCCUUCUAUCGCUACUUUUCAUAUUAAAAUCUAUUGGUCUAGAAUGCUAAGGUUAAGGACCUCUUUAAAGCUGCAGAUAACGGAACGGAUAUCACCCAAUUCAUAUGUCAAGGUUAUUCCUCGGACAACCACCACUACAUGUAGCAUACAAUUGAGAAUGGGAACAAUCGUGAAAACUAUUGUAAAGUCUAAAUAAACUCACAUUUCUCCAUCAUCAAUCAUACUUCGCUGCUAGCCUACGCCUCACUUUGACUUUGCACUCGGCUUUUUCAUAAUGGCUUUCACCAUAUCUCGGCUCACAGAAGACGAUAUUGCUGGUGCUGUGAGUGUUAUUCAGGAAGCAUUCAAAGAAGACCCUUACAAUCUUUGGAUAUACAAUGAUCGAUCUAAGGUAUUUAAUCUCUCUCAUUUCAUCCUGCUCAAUUUUGUUUGUUCUGAUGUUUAUUUGUUCCUUCAAGCACUGCAUUGUAGCAAGCAAUUGUUUCGCUUCGCAUUUAGUUACCUCGACUCGCUGAAUUCAUGGCGAAGGCGUGUUUCGUGAUACCUGAUACCAUCAUGUUUGUUCAUCAUUGACAUAGAUUUUGACAGUUGAACCUAGUGAGAAAUUCGGUAUCUCUUGGUAUCCGAUGUCAAUGGGGCAUUCGAAACGGCUUGUUCUAUGUUGCUAAAGACUCUGAAAGUCAACGAAUUUUAGGCGUUGCAAUGUGGUUACCGCCUAAAUCUCCUGGAACGCCCGAAACGUGGGCAGAAUGGCUUGAUGGUUGGAAGAUGUGGAUUCAACAAGUAGGCAUGAAUAUUUGGUACGGUCGAGGUGGCUUAAAUGUGAAGGUAAGAAAGCUCAGUCAAUAUCAUAUAUUCCGUCUUUUUUCCUUAGCCGCAGCCUCAAAGUCAUGAGAGUGCCAUUUGUCUUAAACUGCAUUGCCCGCAAUCUUUCCUCAAUUUCGUGGGUAAUUGCGGUAUGGACUUCAACCUAAUUACCAGGGUUGUGUUUGGGAAGAAACUCUAUUCGAGAUGAGAUUGUAGAAGGUCUUUUGCCAAGUCCUACAAGCAACAAGCCAGGCAUGCGGGCAAUGGCUAAGUCAGCCCUACCCCCAUUGCUUUCGAAAAUUUCUCCAAUCGUCUGGGACGCAUUCUAUCUUCAUCACCAUUUCUUGCUACGAAACCUUGAGAAGACCCUCGAAGGGAUACUAACGCAAUCUCGCCACAGCGUUAUUAUAUCUGGAAGGAUAGGCAAGCAGAAGCUCAAUCCGAGAUUUGGACAGAUUCUCGAGGAUACUUCUUUCUAAAUAUAAUGGUUGUUCAUCCUGACGCCCAGGGAAUUGGAAAGGCGUUAGCCAAGGAAGUAACGAAUGUUGCUGAUGCAGAAGGACAAAGAUGCUAUCUUGAAUCUAGUCGGGAUAUUCCCAACAUGAAGAUAUACGAAUCCUUUGGAUUCCACUUUGAAAAGAAGAUGGUUUGUGAUGAUGAAGGUGACACUUGCAAUAUCUACUGUAUGGUUAGAGAGCCACAGGCAGAAUUGAAAGGGUCUAAGAAGGAUGUAUGAGACUGUAGGUCUCUAUACUACUGCAGGUGCACAUGCCAAACGCUCAUUCUUCUCUGCUAAAAGGUGAAGAGUCAUCGCUGUUCUCGCCUCAUGCACACGCAUUAGACGGACCUUAAAAGCCAUAUUACUUGAACAAUUCGAAAUUUCGCAAGAUUUGAAGUGGUUGGAUAAUCAUUAAUUACACUCUUCGGUGGUUCGGCAAUCUGAUGAAUCUUCCCAAGAUCUCCGAAGAACGGAGAGAGUGUAUGAGUUUGUAGGUAGUACCGGCGGUUAUAUGUACUCCAUAAAGGAUGAUUUCACCUGAAUUUAUCCCUCUGGGGCUACUAUGAGCCACUUCAAUAUCUAGCUAUAAUGGACCAUGUUAAAAGAUAAGGCGCCGAGAGUCUGAUUCUGAUGGCAGACUCCACAUACGUGACAUUUUCAAGUAGGUGCAGCGUCACCGAAGUACCUCCUAAUAAAUAAAUAAGUAGACCCACGAUUGCACAAUUCCAACAUCUACGGAGUAAC